UUCUCGGGUCCUUUUAAAGCCACGGAAGGAACUCGGUCAGCCGAUAUGCUUCCAAUAAGCUUUUGGAGCGGCUUGAUGUAUAAUCUCUCCAUGUAACGGCAGUGGUUUGCUGUUAGGAGGCGAUGAUGGGCAGCAGAACAAGCGCCCUCGCCGCCGGGGUAUGCGCUGCUUUGUUCAUUGGCUACUGCGUCUACUUCGACAGGAAGCGACGGAGCGACCCUAACUUUAGGAGGAAGCUGCGGGAGCGACGACGAAAGCAGAAGACUGCAGAGGAAAAAUCAGAUCUGUCAAAGGUGCUGGACCUGAAGGACCCUGAGAAGAUCCAGAAGUUCUUCUUGGAUGAAAUCCAGCUAGGAGAGGAAUGUUUGGCUCAUGGGGACUAUGAAACUGGUGUGGAGCACCUAACCAACGCCAUCGCCGUGUGUGGACAGCCCCAGCAGCUCCUUCAGGUCCUGCAGCAGACCCUGCCCCCACCUGUGUUUCAGAUGCUCCUCACAAAGUUGCCCACCAUAAGUCAGAAGAUCAUCAAUAUGCAGAGCCUGGCUGAGGAUGAUGUUGAGUAAGCCAGUCCCCUCCCCACCCCACUGUCCCCCCAGGACCCUACUUCUAAAAUGAAUGUGUGGCCAUAUUGGUUCCUUUUGUUGCCAGUCCUAGAGUUUUUGCAUUUAAAACCUCUUGGAUUUACUAAUGUGUUAACCAAAAUUAUUCCUGCCAUUUGUUUUUUUUUGUUCUGUAUUUGUACAUCAUCCAUAGCUAACUUACCUGUACAUGAAACAGAAUAACCAAGAAAGAUGACAAACAGGCACGUUUCUCACACUGUGGAUUUCAUCCCACAACACAUGGGCAUUAAGGUAGAAGGUGCAAGUGACGCGGCUCCCCCUGUUUUGUUUUCUUCUUGCAGUCUGUAAUAUGCACUAAAUAAGCAGCCCAUGAUGGUCAUUAGAGGUCGCUGUAGAGUCACAGCAAGACUGUUUAGAAGUUCCAUAGAUUUUUAUGGAUGAAAUACAGCAAAUGUGUGUAACAGCCGGAUGUGUCUUGGAAUUCCUUUGUAUUCUGUGCACUGUGGGUUUGAAUGGGCUGAUAACACAUGCCAGCUCUACUGUAACUCAUCUCAAUGGCUCUUACCUUUUGAAGAGUGAGUUUGAUUGGGGAGGUGGGGCAGGCUCACCUUUUCAGUGUCUUUUUAAACCAUUAACUCCAGUCCUCCUGAAGUGUUCUGUUUAUGAAACCGUUAUAAUAAAAUAUUGGAUAAAACAACUUAACACCA